AUGCCUUUCCAACUAUAUCCAUUCUUUCUGAGUAUUAUCUUAAAGUAUACCGAUGAGUCUGGCUGGACACCUCUUCACAUAGCAGCAGGGUCACUAAACACAGAGGUAACAGCAACCUUCAUCGCCUCUGGAGCAAACACUAACUUUGCCAGUCCAACCUGUGGAAGAACUGCCCUUCAUGUUGCAGUAUGCACAGCAUCGUCUGAAGAGAGAAUUUUAGGUGUCAACACAGAUUGCAUCCAUUUACUAUUAAGCAAUGGAGCCAACAUAAAUACUCAAGAUCAUGAAGGACAAACAGCUAUUCACGAGGCCUGCUCAGGUGGCAGAAACACAAUAGCUGAUCUUCUGUUAGUGUAUAAAGCAGACAUAAACAGGCAAUCUCCACUCUUUUCAUUUCUUUGACACAGAUCAAAUUUAAAAGAUACAGCACUGUUGAACAAGUUGCUAGGCUUCUCAUAUCCACUGAAGUAAACAGAUAAUCAAGGACACCCACCCACUGGACUUCUGUUCUCAGAAUUUCAAAUGCUGAAAGACUUUCUUAUUAUCACAGAAAUUCCUGUCUCUGCAAGAUACCUGCCAAAUCACCGUUACAAGAACAUAUUGUGA